UUAGGUAGACUAUGGAUUGCUGGAAGGGAACUAUAGGCCAGAGCUGGAUUUAUCCCACACUGAUCAUCUGUGCAAAUGGAUUUCUUUCCACAAUGAGGCCAUCAGAAUCCUUUCUCACUCCUUAUCUAACUGGACCAGACAAAAACCUAACAAUUGAAGAGGUUACCAACCAGAUUUUCCCGGUCUGGACAUACUCCUACCUCGCGCUCCUUUUCCCAGUCUUCCUGAUUACAGACUACGUGCGCUACAAGCCCGUCCUCCUCCUCCAGGGCAUCAGCUUCAUCAUCACGUGGCUCUUGCUCCUCUUUGCACACGGAGUGGUGGCCAUGCAGGUGGUGGAAUUCUUCUACGGGAUGGUGACAGCCACCGAGGUCGCCUAUUACGCCUACAUCUACAGCGUUGUCAGCACCGAUCGCUAUCAGAGAGUGACGAGCUAUUGCAGAAGUAUCACUCUUGUUGCAGCCACCGUUGCGGCGGUGCUGGGGCAGCUGCUGGUUUCCUUAGCAGGCGUAUCCUACUUUCACCUUAACGCCAUCACUUUGGCUUCCGUGUCCCUGGCAUUCGUGUGCUCCUUUUUCCUCCCAAUGCCCCAGAAGAGUAUGUUCUUCCACAGGAAAGACGGCUCAGAAUCUCUCCCGGGACCCGAUAAAGUUGUGGCUAGGGUCAGCUCUGACAGGCCACCGAGCUGCCGAGAGGACAAGAGCUCUGUAUGUGCUGACAGGGCACCGCCACCCGAGCAGCAGGCUGAUAGUCCCAAGGCCCAGAAUCACAUGCUGAGAGUCCUGGUGCAGCUGAGCAAGGACCUGAGGGAUUGCUACAGCUCUAGGAAACUUCUGUACUGGUCCCUGUGGUGGGCUCUGGCUACGGCAGGCUUUAACCAGGUUCUGAAUUAUGUCCAAGUGCUGUGGGACUUCAGAGCCCCCUCCCACAGCUCUGCAGUGUACAAUGGAGCUGUUGAAGCCAUAGCAACUUUUUUAGGUUCAGCAACAUCCAUGGCAGUUGGAUAUGUCAAAGUAAACUGGGAUCUUUCUGGAGAACUGGCUUUGGGAAUUUUCUCUGCAAUGGAUGCUGGUUCUCUGUUUCUUAUGCACUUUACUGACAACAUCUGGGCAUGUUAUGCUGGUUACCUUGCAUUUAAAGCAUGCUAUAUGCUCCUGAUAACAAUAGCAACGUUUCAGAUUGCUGUCAAUCUAAGCAUGGAGCGUUAUGCUUUGAUGUUUGGCUUCAACAACUUUGUGGCACUGGUGAUUCAGACAAUUUUAACUAUUGUUGUUGUAGAUUCAAAAGGUCUGGGCUUGGAUAUCAGCAUCCAGGUAAGCUACAUUACUCACACUGCUCUCCGUUCCCCUACUCUACUCCAAGAAGGUUCUACUCCAAGAUUAGCCUUUGGGAAGAUACCAGGUAAUGUUCUAGCUUCAGACAGUUACUCACUUGAAAAACAGGUUCAUUUAAAGUGAAAUGGCAGUAACUACUACAACCUACUUGUCCUCUAGUCCUGCCAGUUUUGCAUUUCUGCAAUAAUUUGAAGAAUAUUUUCAUGAGGCAGAAGGGAAAUAUCACCACCUACUACUCAGGGCUAGUUUCUGUGGUUUGGGUUUUUUGUUUGUUUUUUUUUUUUUUGUUUGUUUGUUUGUUUGUUUUGUUUUGUUGUUUUAUUUUUUGUUUGUGGUUUUUUUUUUUUUUUAGUUUAUUUAAAGGCUUAUAAUUCACAAGUUUAUUGUCAAAAUACCAUAAACAGAAGCAGAAAGCAAGACCAAAGGCAAUCUACAGGUCUAUUACCAGGGUAAUUCUGAAUUACAGUUUCAUUGGAUGCACCUUUAAACUACUCUAAUUCUGAAAACUAACUAAUCUUGUGAUUCCCCAUUAAAUUUCUAAAUUUAAACUUACAAACUGAAUGAGGUCCAAGUCUCUAGCUUUCAUCUUAACAGAGAAGAGCCAGAAAGUGCAGGGCAGCUGUCCUCCUUCCUUACUGGGGUGGGGAAGGGAAGCAUGUAACAGAGUAUUCUCCCCCCACACACAUUUUACAACCAGAAUUCCUACAGUAUGAAGUCAAGCAGUGAGACUACUCGAAUCCUUUUGAGGUGGGACCAUUCUAGGGCAUGGGUGACAGGGAAGGCAGCAGUGGAGAGACACUCCUUAAGUUACUGCCUAAUAGCAAAAGAAGUUUUUGACUCUUCCUCCUCCUUCUUCCCCACCUCCAUUUUCCAGUUUCUCAUUUAUGGCAGCUACUUCACAUUCAUAGCUGGAAUUUUCCUGAUCAGAAGCAUAUACACCAUUAUUUCCAUCAAAUGCACAAACACCGGGGUGGCUGGCGAAAGCACUGAUCACUAACAAGGGAGACAAAAACAAUGGCUGCAAGCAGCAGUGCAGAAAGUUGCAUCAUUUGAACAAUGAAUUGGGGGAGACAUAAUGCUCAAUCAAGCAAGACCGGUCAAUGGUGAAACAGGUCAUUUAUGAGCCUACAGCAUAAAGAGCUCUGUCAACAGGAUGAUACAUUUUGCCCAUUUUCUCCAUCACUAGUUUAAUACCAAACAAUCUUCAAACAAUCUAUUUCAACUCAAAUUUAGUGAUCUGACACCAAAACUUCUAUUAAUCCUCAAGGAGCACAACAAGCAAGUACAUAGAUGCCUGAACCUCACAAAAGAAGAGCUUACAGAACACAACGUUUGAACUUUCAUUUCUACUGAACAUUUAAAUUAAAAGACAAUUUAGUCAUAGGUGUUAAGACCUUCAAACAUUCCUAGGGAAUCUAAAAAGAGAGGUUGCCCCAUAGCAGCAAGAUGAUUUGUGGAAAGCUUGCCACAGAAGCCUUUUGAAAACAUAAGACUUUUUCAACUGGAAGUUGUGACAUACAUUUUUAAAGCAAGUUAACUAGUAAUAAACCAUUUUUUUUUCCCAAAAGGUGCUACUUCUGUAUGUUCAGAGGUGGAUUGCUACGAUGCUAUAUAGCAUAGCAAUACUGCCACUUCAGUUUACAAAUGGCCAAAUGCAGUCAUUUCAAAUUCCACACAGACAAUGCACUCCUCAAAUCUGAAAUUACAGGACUACAAGGAAAGCAUGUCCUUAUAUACAGAUAAAACUGCUACUGGUGCAGCGACGGCUUUACGGUGAGUUUGUUGAAGGUAUAUGCAUACAACACACUAAUCUUCUCUUUGAGAGUCUGUCUCAAGAAGCAUAUGCAUUACAGCUGCCAUGCCCCACACACACUUAUCUUUGGAAACAAAAAAGCGCCUAAAAUAACUUAUUUUUAAGCCACGGGGACACCCUUCAAUUUCUAUACAAGGCAGUCUUAAAUAACACAACCAAAAGUUUAGAUAUAACUAAAGCUAAUUAGGGAAUCAACUGUAGUCAGUAACGUCUGCUUUGGAGUAAGCUAUAUCAGACAGCAGCUAAUUCCACGGUGUUCCUUUACCACAACUUGCAGAUUUGCCACAAGUCAGGAGUAACUGAUGUUUCCCCCAGUUCAGCUCACAAGAAAGUAAAAAAAUCAGUCAUUCCUUUAAAAACGUACUUUUAACAGCUACUUGAGCUUGCCUUUAUGCCCCAGUGAGUUUUCUCUUUAAGAGAGCAGAAUACUUGCAUCAUAUCUCUAGUUCUCUUUCAGGAAUUCCAACUGAAUUUGAUCAUUUUCAAAUUAAUUUCUUGACUUAGCAUUUGUUCCAACACUGUGUUUGGGAGUUUGCAACCAUUAAGUAUCUUUGAACUGCAGUGCCUGGGCAUCACAUCGGCCUUGUGGAACUCAGGAUGUACCUCUUACAGCAUCUUCUUGCACGCAUAAGAUCUGACCUAUUAGGAAUAAAAGUAUUAAUCUAGAAGAUUUCCAAAUUAAUUUCUAUAUAGAACAGCUAAAGUUAUCAAAAGUGAAGUGCUUUGAUGCUAAAGCAGAACAGGAUACCAAAAAGCGAGUGGAAGUAUAGCUUUUUGGCAACUAUGCCAGCUGUGUGAUCAAUUGCGUGAACAACCGCAGAGGUUUCUAAGACAAAAACAUUUAUAAUCAUGGGUGAAGAAUUAAUCUUUGUAGAUAUAGCCUUUUAAAAAUCUAAUUAACGUAAACAGCUUUGGUGUCAGUUCCUGCUCAAUAUAAAGGAGACUCAAAACCAUAUAAGAUCUUCAGCUACUUGUCUGGAGUUUGGCAAACUUAAAAUUAGUGAACAUACACUAAACAGACAUGGUUGUAUAUUGUAAAAGUUAUGAAAAAUAAGGUAUUCACUAUUUCUGCAGCAUAAUCUAAAACUAAGUGCCUUGCAUACUUAAAUGAAUUUCAGUAUCUCUUAGCAGUUAUCAGCUUCAUUUGGAUCAGAACAACAAUUUCAAUAGAUGCCAAUCUCAUUAGCCCUUGCCCUAAGCUUAAUUUAAAUCAAUUUAGGUGAAGAGAACACAGGAUUGUUCCCCUUCAAUAAAGUUGUUUAUCUCAUUGAUGAGACAUUUGGUUUAUUUGGUCAAGUUCCCUGCAAUAAGCAUAUUUAAGCGUUCCACAAGUCUUUCUGAACCCUUGCAGUUCCCUACUCCCCACUGCAUUUGUGUCACUAUCCCAAAAUUAGUACAGUCAACAACAGGGAAAAAUUACAGCUAUUUAUACUAUGCUAAAAAGCAGUGGUUAGAGCAAGGGCAUCACCAACAUCCUUGAAACUCUCAAUCAUUGGGGAUUUUUUUUAGUGAAUUUCCCUGAGAAUCUUGGGAAUUAAACCAUGCACCACACACUAUCCAGCAGUCCUCAUCAGAAGGAAAAGAUAGACUUCAAGUCUGUUUUAACUUUAAAUAUGCCAACAGGACAAACCCAGACAUUUAAGUAAGGACUGCUAGCAUAAGCUGCCUGUCCCUUGCUUUGCGAUCUCCAAAGCUUAAAAAAAAUACAUACAGAAAUUACUACCACCUCAGGCAGGCAACAGAAUUCAAAAGCACUGGCAUAAGAGUUUUUACAAGCAGUGGUCAAGUCUUUCAGCUCCCCUAGACAUACGCAGCUCUAACAUUCAGUCAAUUACAAGUGAAAUGGGGGUUUUUUGACACAAUUUUAUGGAAUAAAUUUUCACAUUUGUCUCAAAUGGGCUUCCACAUCCUUUUCUCAAAAAUCAAUCUGAUCUUACUUAUUCCUGUUAUCUUGAAAGCUGCUAGAAUCUUAUUCUCCACCUGGUCAGAAACCUUUUUUUAACCUUGCAGUUUAUGUAUUCAUUAUAUAUUUACAUUAUUUGCUUAGUUCCAGUAUUACACCUGAACUUAAGCCAAGUUAUCUCUGUUUAAAACACCACCAUCAACUACUCUCAUGCAGAAUUAUACUUUUUCUUGAACCUUCUUACUAUUACAGACAAGCCAGACUUUUUCCCCCCCUCUACAAAUUCCAUUCUAGUGUGGCAAAAAACAUUCCAGUAAAUAAAGAAAUAAUUGAUUAAUUUAAUAUGCCACAGGAGCUCUUACUAAGAUAUAUAGAUUUUUAUUAAAAGAGCGCUACUACAUCUGUGGUACCUUGGCUUGCUACUAACACAUACUGUUCUGAUCACAAUUAAGUCUUGUUCAAAGACUGUCAUUAGCUACCCAUUACUGUGUGUCUCUUGCAGGUAACUAUUUACCACAUAACUACUCUCUUCAAUUCUUCCAGUGUCCUUCAUUACACAGUUACUCUGUCAUAAUAACCCAAGUUCACUUAACUUUUUCCUGGUUGAUAGGUCACCUCACUUGAGCUAGAACAGCAAGCUUAAUCACCAGGACAUAAAGAAACAUAUCAAAGUGAGAUAUGAAAAAAUUUUAAGCUUAACUCACCUUCAAGCGUAUUGCUUUUGAUAAUUCAACUG